CCUGCGAGUGACUCUCGUGGCUGCAGUGGAGCUCACAGUCGGCUAGAUAGCUGAAAGCCCAAAAAGAUUCUUUUCUGGAUACUGAAUCAAUCGAUGACCCACAAUCAGAACAACGCGAUCUCCUGUUUCCCGUCAAAGAAGGGAAAAGUAUGGGAGAGAUCAGUCUCACUUUUUCGUUCACCUUUCAUUUGCCAAAGCAACAGCACCUUCAUCAUUGCUUUGUUCAGCGUAGCCGACUAUUCGAAGCAAGUACCGGUAGACAGCACCAGUUCAGACAUUGUAGUUUCGGUAGUGCCUUGCCAAAGCUAUCCAUCUUACAACCUCAGAAGAUUACUUUUUUGUCCGAGCCAAAAGAAUCAUGAUGGUAUCCUCAUCCCCGCCUUCAUCCUCCUCCCCCGUGGUAACAACGACAAAAGGCAGCAAGGGAGUGCUACAAUUUCAGGUUGGUGGUGCCCCCCCCUCCUUGUCGUCGGGGGCUCACUUGUGUGACGAACAAAGCAGCGAUACUUGCUUCAAGUUUGCCGGUCCAUCUCGUGUCGAUACAGCAAGGCCUUCUCUGCGACCAACUACAACUCCUUCCGAUGCGCCUGAUCCGGCAGAAGAGGAUGAAACCCAUAACGUCAGUACCGCGACCACGGCCACUAUGACGACGGUUUCAUCUUCAUCAUCAAUCGUUUCCAUUGAUUCUGCAUCCACUGAUUCUUCCUGCGACGAUCCCUCCGCAGCCGUCCAAUCAAUUUCGCGCAACACAUGCAAACUCUUCGAGCGGUGCCAUGUAGACAGGAAGAGGCCUGCUUUCAUCUUGGCAGACGUCACAGACUUUGCGACUCAAAGACUCCCUCGUCCAGGAAACGGCGCUCCGACAUCAGUCCAAGGCAAAAAUGAGCUUCACAGGGGCAGUACGCUAACUUUGAAUCGUGAGGCGUCGGCAAUGGCACCGAAAUCAUCGGCGUGCAACAACGUAGCAGAUUGGUUCAGCAGCUCCCAACCACGCAAGCGUCGCCGAAUCAUGAAGAUGAUUUGGCAUCAUUGAAGUUGUUUUCUUUUUCUGUGAUCGAUGUUUGGUGUGGUUGAAAAUAGUUGUGGCUGGGCGCUCCUUUGCACAAAAACAAGAUCUUAUGCUGCAAAAGAUAAUGUAUAGGUACGGU